CUCUUUGAAUGUGUUUCAGACGAAGGUAAAGUGAAUGAGCUAAAAUGAAUUCGAAAGAAGGUGAAGACCAGCUGAAGAUGCGAUUUCAAAUUGAAUUAGAGUUUGUACAGUGUCUGGCGAACCCAAAUUACCUAAACUUUUUGGCUCAGCGAGGAUAUCUGAAAGAUAAGGUGUUUAACAACUACAUAAAAUAUCUCCAGUACUGGAAAAAACCAGAAUAUGCCAAGUAUUUGAAGUAUCCCAUGUGCUUGUACUUCCUGGAGCUUCUUCAGUACGAACAUUUCAGCCGAGAAAUAGCCAGCAGUCAGUGUGCUAAGUUCAUUGACGACCAACAACUAUUACAUUGGCAGCAUUACACCAGAAAGAGAAGCCAGCUUUUACAACAGCAAGAAACCAGCCAACCUGCUGCCGCUCAACAGGUUGUAAAACAAGAGAAGACAAUGUAGGGGAGUUGAUCAUAGUGAUUCCAUUUUCACCAAAUUAUUAUAUUAUCAUUGUGAUAAACAAAGAGAUGUAAAAGGAAUUCGAAACUAUGUAAAACUGUAUCUUUCAAACAGUGUUCCACCCGUACAUAUUUUUUAUUUCAGUGUUCAGGUUUUUUUGUUUCUGGUAGAACAAAGUUUACUCAGUUAGUUUAUAUAAAGGACACUGGUAUCGUUUAUAUUUACCAUGAAUGGAGUGUAUUAAUCGUGUGUUUAAAGGAAGAUUUUAAAAUCUAUUCGUUUUUUACGUACGUUUAUACCCGUAUUCUGCUAAAUAGAAUAGUUGUGUCUCUUGCUCAAUGCCGUAUUGUGAUUUGAAAAUAGAUUAAGCACAGUACAGAGAAACAGGCUCUAUUUUUAAAAGUUAAUACUGUAAACCUCUGUAGCCGUAACUGUACAAAAAACAAAAAAAAAAAAUGCAACAGCUUAUGAUAUUCCUGAGAAUUUUCGAAAACACCAACAUCAAAUUAAUCAGAUUGUAGGACUCGUAUUUUCUGUUUGAGACUAACGCCUUUUCUCGAUGUGUUUGCCUAAACUAAAUCUAUUAAUGUUUGAUAGUUAUAUGCAUUGUACUUAUUAUUAUCACAUACCCAAUUGUUUGGCCAAUAAGUUUUCUCUUGUUCAUAGAAUUUUGAACAGUUUGAGGUUAGUCAUCUACAUCUAAGGAAGGGUAAUAACGCUCGGAGACGGCUUGAAUGGGUAAUGAAGAAAAACUUUAAUACAAGUUUAACCUAACAGCAAAUGUACAACGUUUCGACGAGGUUUUGUCAUCAUCAGGUACAAUGUCGAAACAUUGUACAUUUGCUGUUAUAUUGAACUUGUAUAAAGUUUUUCUUCAUUACCCAUUCAAGCCGUCUCCAAGCGUUAUUAGUCUCAAAGUGGGUUCCUCGUCAUCUUGUUUUUAAAAUUAAAUCUUCGUUUUCAACCUCUGUUCAGGUUUCUUCAUUUUUUCAAACUGCACAAAACUAUCUUGACCAUUUCUUGUAUGUUUUUAUGUUGACAUUUGUACAAGAGUGUAAAUAACUCUCUACCCUGCUAAGAUUUCUCUGUUUUUGAUUAUAAGCAAAUUUUCCUUAAUGCAGGAAUGCAGUUGAAAUAUUGCAGGUUGACUAGCCAAAAAUAUCAUUCGGAUUGCUGUAUUUUUUUUUUUUUUAUUGGACUGUUAAAAAAUUUUAGAUUGAUGAAAAAAAAAAUAAUUGAUGGUUACCCAUUUAGUAACAAACGUAUUUUUUUUUUCUUUUUCAAAAAUAGAAAUAAUAGUGAAAGACUGUGUUUGAGGAUAUUUUUAUAUUAUCUUAAGUAUAUAUAUAUAUAUACUGAAAAAUGUUAAUUUGGGUUUCUCAUGUGGAAAGUAACACCUGAAGUUUUAUAGAAUAUUUUAAUACCUGGUAAAUUUUUCUUGUUUUUCGUUACUUAAUAUGAAUUAUAUGAUUAAAAUUGAAAUAUAUAUUCCUUUUUCUACACUGAACGUCAAGGAUAAAAACGUACUUUAUUAAUGGAAUUGUGGGCUGUUAGAACUCAGUAUUUGAACAUGUAUUGUAAAUGAUGUGGCGUAUACUCUAUUUGAUGUAUAAUUAGGAUGUAUUUAUGUAUUGUUGAAUUCUGCGUUUCUUGCCACAUGUAUAUUUUCAAGGAUUGUACAAAAAAAAAAAGAAAUUCUAAGUAAUUCACUUGACUGGAGUUGGUACAUUUAUUUUGUCUGCUUAUUGAUGAUGAUGUUCUUGGAAUAGUUUCCAUUGUUGGUUGAGUUCCGUUCUGACCUACAGUCUCAAAUACACUUUACGUAUAUAUACUGAAAUGGUUGACACCUUUUGAUAAUAAAGUUAGAAGAAAAAAAAUGACCUUUACCCUCCAGAUAAAAUUUAAAUAUCUCCAGAUAAUUAUAAGAGAUAUUUUAACCAAUUUUUUUAGGUACUAGCCGAGGUCAUGUAGCCAGUUUAAGUAAAACUUUGUUAGAUUGUAACAGUCAUUUUGUUUUUCUACCUUUAUAUGUUUAGAUGCUUCAACAGAUCAUCUUCAGGAGUGUAAAUCAUAAGAACAUUACACUGUUUAUAUCCUCUGUUUAAUCAUGAUAUGCUAAUUUAUAUGUUUUUUUUUUAGAGAUCAUAUUAUCCCCUCAUCCUCCUCCCCAUUAAUCCCCUCAUCCUUGUUUAAUACAUUAUUUUUUCUUAUAUCUAAUUAUAUCCAAGAUUCACAAAUAUUUGUGGUAACGUCAUUUCUGAGGUUGAGCUAAUGAAAUAAAUUCUGUUUCAAUGGAUUAUAUUUUGUGUUGUGCUAACAUCUUUGACUAAUGGGGAAAUAUGUUAUUUUUCUACUCGUGUUUAUUCACCAUAUAUAUUUUAACUUCGUAUUAGUCUGGCCUAAUAGUCUGUUAUUUUAUCCAUUAUACUUGCUUUAUCCACAGCUUUUAUUUAAUAAUUGAAUAACUUUAUUUAUGGGUUUAUAUAUAGGGUUAAAAUUUUUUAACGAAAAUUUAUCAAGAACUUUACAAGAUAAAAGGUAGAGCCAAGUUAACUGUUCUUUUUUUUUUUUUAGUUUACUCAAAUACUUUCAUGAAAUUACUGUUGUGAAAGUUUGUUUCAUAAAUUCCUUUGCUGCCCUAUCAAUGAAUAUCUGGGUAAAUACUUUGAUCAACUGGAACGUGUUUCAACAAUAAUACUUAACUCUUUAUUAGAUCUAUACACAUAGAAAUAGCUGAUAUUUUAUUAACUUUCGAUUGGUGAUUUGAUGACAUGAUCGCAGAAAAAGGUUUACAAAUAAAUUGUACUCAUUUA